AUGAGUGAUGAUAACCAUGAAAAAAUACUAUCAAAAUAUCUACAUUGUGGAAUUAAAGUAGAUAAUCAGAAAUCAGGAACUAGAUUUGACUUAAAUUCUAUAACUGCCGGAGUUUUAAAUAUCGGGCUUUUGCACGAUAUUUAUUGUUGGGGCCGACUUUCGCUGGGAGAAUUACAAUUACCUACCUGA